UCGUUCCCCUCCUAUGUUAGAUUCGCCUAUUUAUACGAAGAAAGUACCUAUCCCCCGAUUCUCACCUUAGCUACUCUCAUUACAGUCUCACUCAAAGAAAAAGAUGAAGACGGAAAAUAUGGAUGUCGAUUUUAUCGAAUACCGUAUCAGCUCUGAACUAACUGGUCACGAGGACGAUGUACGAGGAAUAUGUGUAUGUGGUGAAACUGGAAUUGCGACAUCUUCUAGGGAUAAAACUAUUAGGUUUUGGUCAAUUGAUCCAACAGAAAAGAAUAAGUGUAAAGAAUCAAAGAUUAUGUUAGGUCAUACCAGUUUUGUUGGUCCAUUGAAUUGGAUAGCACCAGAUGAGAAUUUCCCAGCUGGUAGAAUUGUAUCUGGUGGUAUGGAUACACUUGUUCUGUUAUGGGAUUUGAAAACAGGAGAAAGUAUCCAGACAAUGAAAGGUCAUCAAUUGCAAGUUACCGGUCUUGCUGGUGAUGAUGUUUCAGACAUUGUCUCUGUAUCAGUUGAUGGUACAAUACGUCGGUGGAGGAAUGGUCAACAAUCUGAGUCAUGGGAAGCUCACAAAUCUGCUGUACAAGCAGUUAUCAAGCUCCCGACAGGCGAACUUAUUACUGGGUCAAGUGAUUCAACAUUAAAACUUUGGAGAGGAAAGACUUGCGCACACACAUUCGUUGGGCAUACGGAUACUGUUCGAGGUUUAGCUGUAAUGCCUGGUCUUGGGGUUCUUUCUGCAUCACAUGACAGUUCAAUCAGGUUGUGGGCCUUAGCUGGUCAAGUUUUGAUGGAGAUGGUUGGUCAUACUUCAAUUAUUUACUCUGUUCAUGCACAUUCUUCUGGACUGAUUGUUAGCGGCAGUGAAGAUGGUUUUGCUAAGAUAUGGAAAGAUGGAGUUUGUGUACAGAGCAUUGAACACCCUGGUUGUGUUUGGGAUGCCAAAUUUCUAGAAAACGGUGACGUGGUUACUGCAUGUUCAGAUGGAGUUGUUCGGAUAUGGACAUCGCAUAAUGACAGGAUAGCUGAUCCAGUUGAUAUCGAAGCAUUCACUACCCGACUUUCUACGUACAAAAGCAGCAGAAAAAGAGUUGGAGGAUUGAAAUUGGAGGAAUUACCUCGGCUGGAUUCUUUGCAUACUCCAGGGACAGCAGAUGGACAGACUAAGAUUGUAAGAGAAGGGGAUAACGGUGUUGCUUACUCGUGGAACUCAAGAGAGCAGAUAUGGGACAAAAUUGGUGAAGUGGUUGAUGGACCGGAAGAUGGGUUGAAGCGGCCAGUCCUGAAUGGAACUCAAUAUGAUUUUGUAUUUGAUGUUGACAUUGGAGAUGGCGAGCCCAUUCGUAAGUUGCCUUACAAUAGAUCAGAUAGCCCGUAUGAUGUAGCUGACAAAUGGCUUCUGAAGGAAAGCCUUACAUUAUCCUAUAGACAACAAAUUGUAGAUUUUAUACUACAAAAUUCUGGGCAGAACAACUUCACAUUUGAUGCAUCAUUUCGCGAUCCUUAUACUGGCUCUAAUGCUUAUGUACCGGGAGCAUCUUCCAAUGUAUCUGGUGGGGCUACAAAACCUGUUUUCAAGCAUAUUCCCAAGAAAGGAAUGCUUUUCUUUGACGUGGCCCAGUUUGAUGGGAUUCUCAAGAAGAUAACAGAAUUCAAUUGUGCCUUACUAUCAGACCCGGCACAGAAGGAUCUGGCGUUAACAGAGAUUGAGAUGUCCAGAGUGUCUGCUGUUAAGAAGAUAUUACAGGACAUAUCACACUAUCAUACAAGUACAUUUGCAGAUGUUGACGUUGCGUUGUUGCUGAAAACAUUAAAAUUUUGGCCAGUUGCAAUGAUGUUUCCAGUUAUCGAUGUCUUACGGAUGAUAAUCCUUCAUCCUGAUGGGGCAAGGUUACUUCAGCAGCAUAUAAAAGUUGGCAACGAUUUUCUGUUGGAGACAAUUAAGAAGGUUACAAGUGCUCCUGCAUUGGCAGCAAACCUUUUGACCAGCACGCGUGUCGUGGCAAAUCUCUUUAAGCAGUCAUCCUUCCAUGAGUGGUUACAAAGGAACCGUAGUGAGGUGCUUGAUGUGUUUUCAAGUUGUUCAUCGUCCAACAAGAAUGUACAGUUAUCUUAUUCGACAUUGAUUCUCAAUUAUGCUGUGCUUUUGAUUGAAAAGAAAGAUCAAGAAGGCCAAUCUCAAGUUCUUUCAGCAGCUAUCGAAAUUGCAGAAGGCAGUGAAGAUGUUGAUUCGAAAUUCCGUGCCCUGGUUGCUGUUGGAUCAUUGAUGCUCGAGGGUCUUGUGAAAGGAAUUGCAAUAGACUUCGACGUUCAAAGUAUUGCAAAGAUUGCAAAGGCUUCCAAGGAAGUGAAGAUUGCUGAAGUUGCAUCGGACAUUGAACUUUUAACCACAUAAUUUAUAAUGUGAGGGCGAAUUUGAAACCAGGAGCUGGAAUAUAAUGACUUCUUCUUGAUCUGCAUCUUAACACCCACUAAUGAGUUUUGGUAAACAUGAGAUUGGCCUUCAUGAUUGUCGAAUAUCUAUUUCCUCCUGAACAUUUCACACAAAAAUUAUGAUGGAAACGUUUUGGGUUGUAAAUAAUACCAAUAGCUAAACAGUUUUAAAUUCAUUAGCAGCUUUCUAUAAUCAAAUAAUCUUUUAAACUUAAUGACUAAGAAAAUACAACUUCGGAAUAAUCUUUUAUUU